AUGCGGCCAAAUCUUUUAGCAAGUCGGAGGACCCCAUCUUCGAUUGCAAAACAUAGCGGUCACCUCAACAGAUCCAAAUCCCAUGGGUCACUGCGACGGAGACUUUUUGACCAGCGGCAUAGCCCCAAUACUUCCGCCCGACCUGUUCCAACGCUCCGACAAGCUUUUUUUCCGAACACAAGCUCCCCGUACAUCCCGAUCGUGACCUCCCAACCAAAGCGGAACUUUUCCAACAGCCCUCGCAAAGAAGGCAUAUGGGAUGACGACGAUGAAGUCCCAGAACCAAACCCCGUGAAACAGAUUCCAGGGCGGCCGGCCUUUGUCCGCCCUACCCGACAUCGAGACCUAGGCAGCUUGGUUCGAUCGAGAGUAGACGGGAAAAAUAGAGUUACUCAACGUCUGCGCAUCGAGAAGGAUUUCAAUUCCCUGCCUUCAUAUCAGGAACUUGUUGGGAGUUUUAUCCAAUUGAAGUACAAACAUGUUGAUGACCUUCUUGAUGAAUCCCUCAAGGCCAGCCUAGCCUAUGAAUCCGAAUAUUCAGCUCUCUCGUCAAUAUUUCAAAAUCGAAUCAAUGAUGUGGUCUCACGGAUAACAAAACAGGUUCUCCAUGCCGAAAAGACCACCCAAGAAUGUGUGACUGAAUUGGAGGGUCUGUCAAGCUUUAUCAGCGCGCACAUUGUAAAUGUGGUCUCAGACCACACAAAAAAAGUUCUACAAGCAGAGAGGAUUACUCAAAAGUAUAUCGCUGAAGUGAUACAUCUAUCAUCUUCCAUUCUGGGAUUGGACCGAAUACAGGCUGCUGUCACGAAAGCAGAGAAUACCGGUCGAAUGAUUGAUCAUGACUUCUGCUGCAUUGUUUUUGGAAGAACUCCAGAGUGGGAAAGAAACCUGGAAAUAUCUGGCCAGAUGAUCCAUGGUUGGAAGGAGUCUCUUCGUACGACUCAAAAGACACUCCUACCAGCUCUGGUCGACAUUUCUGAGCUGUCCACCCGUCGGUUGAGAGACACUCUCGAAAAUGAUUACGUACGUCCCCGGAAUACCGCAAGAAGUCGAAUUGAUAGAUUUCUCCAUGAAAGCAAAGUGAUUCAGAAGAACUACAACGAGUUGCAACUGAAACGCCUUAACACACAAAUUUUCCCCAUCAGGGACCUUUGCUUGGAGCUUCAAAAAAGUCCGAACCUUCACCCAACCGAUAAAUGGGUGUUUGGCCAGUACAAAGAAAUCCUUGAGCAAAGUGACCGCGAGCUCCGUAUAUGUGCGCAUUAUCAUCGUGGAUACUGGCUCAGAAGGCAAGAGGCUUUGCGUCCACUUCGACGAAGUGAACUAUGGAAUUUGAAGGAUGUCAUGGCCGCAGCUUCAGAUGCACGUCCCAACAAGGCUACCGACAAGCAAGUCUUACUUGCGCUUGCGCUGGGUGCCCAAAAGGACUCACCGGCAAGUCAGUACUUAGUCAACAAUUCACUCAUGAUAUCCAACAAGAUAUAUCUCGAAUACAAGGAUCUUUGGAUGCCAAAACCCGCACGCAGCCCUGAGCUACAUAUCUACUGGCGACAGCUGGAUGUAAUAGCGCCACUGCUCAUGACUGAUGUUCUCACGUGGGGGCUUCAAAAUGAAGUUUGGUACCUCUACCGCAGUCUCAAGGGUGAUCUUGGGACAUUGUGGACUUGGGUCCCAGAGGAGACUAUGGAGCAUGCUGUUCCAAAAAUAGCCGACUGGUGCAUGGAAUUCCAGAAACAUCGCAGCGAUCUUCGACAAAUGUUCACUGAAUACAGACAUCUAAACUGGCUGCGUCUUCAAUCAGAAACAUUGCUACACUCCAUGGGACAACGUGUCUAUCUUGCUGGAAAGUUUGAAGUCCUCAAUCCGAUGAGCCAGGAUGUCCGUGGCUUCAAGAAAUGGACCGCUCGCAUGGGCCAGCUCACUUCUGACGCUUAUAUCCCCAUAAUGGCCCUCCGGCAGACGCGAACGGAUUGGCAGUUUAUCCACGACAAGAUUAAUCGCAAGACCGGGCGAGCUUAUUCCUUUAUCCCCCACAUUUUAGAACUGGGUUCUUCGACGAAUAAGACCUGGCGUAAGAAGGGACGAGAGGAAUCCGAAUCUCCCAAGGCCAAGGCCGCAUUUAUCAAAUCAUCUCAAAGCCGCCUUUCAAGAUAUAUGAAAGGAAAAUUGUCAGGCCAUUCCGAGUCUUCGCCUGCCAGUCAGGGCAAUCAGGAGCCCGGUCAGGCUGUGAUACCCACGAAAAGUUCCUUGGGAAGGGUAAGGCAGAUAAUGAAGAGGAAAGCUGGACCUCAGCAUGCAGCCGAGUUAGCUACUAACCAAGCCAGUCAAGAAGACAGCCACCUCGGACACAACCUAUCUCUGAAUCCUUCAACAAUAAAAGCCGAGGACCACACAACAGUGGACACGCUUGUAUCUGAACCACUCCCCGCCGAUGUGUCUGCUGGUCAGGACAGUCAGCAGGACAGUCAGCUCAUCUAUAAGCCGUCGCUCACACGCCGGGAGAGAAGAUUGAGCCUCAAAGUGCCUGAGCCCAACCCGUUCCUAGAGCCCAAUCCGUUCCUAGUCAAUGCGCCUGCCCGCCAGACAAACAAGGAGGCCAGACGUGUCAUCUACAAGCCGUCACUCACACGCCGGGAGAGAAAAGCGAGCCUCAAAGCGCCUGAGUCCAACCCGUUCUUAGUAAAUGCGCCUACUAGCCAGACAAGCCAGGAAGGGAGCCAGGUCCUCCCCAAGCCACCGCGAAUACCCUCGAAGAGCAAAGAGGUGGGCCCCAGCUCGGAGCCACACCUUAAUGGCCUCCAUCGAUCAAUUCCCAGAGAAGCCAGCAAUGCAUCCCCAAGCACACGGACACACAACGGACUACGGCCGGCAACCAUGCUGCCGAGGAAAUCAUUCCCUAAACAAGAUUCAAACGGUGGGAGAAAGUAUAGUACGGAUGCAACUUCCCACCAGACACGAUUUCGACAAAGCGAUUCCCUGUCCGACCGGUCAAUUGAAACCGAUAUUUCCUCGGUCCCGGAUACCGCGACCGGACAUGAGGCAGGAUUGAUUGAAGAGGAUGACUCCAGAGAUGAACCAAUCCCAUCUUCGACACCCCAGUUUUGGAGCCAUAGCUCACAGCACAGUCCCGAUGGCCGGAAACUCAUCGUGCAUUAUUGCCGGACCCUUCAAAGCACCGAAGAAGCUGUGCAGCACUUCCUCGGAAGCAAAGUCCUCGGAUUCGACAUGGAAUGGAAGGCUCAAGCGUCCGGCUGGGACAGCAUUCAGAGCAAUGUCUCGGUGAUCCAAAUCGCAAACGAGGAGCGUAUCGCCAUCUUCCAGGUUGCGCUCUUCAAGCCUGCACGUUCUCUGGAGGACUUGGUUUCCCCAUCAUUGAAACGCCUCAUUGAAUCUCCCGAUGUCAUGAAGGUGGGCGUUUCAAUCAAGGCAGACUGCACCCGGCUGCGCAAGUAUCUCGACAUCGAUGCUAAGGCCACCUUCGAGCUCAGCCAUCUGUACAAGUUGAUCAAAUACGGCAAAGACAAUCCCAAAUUGGUGAACAAAAGGGGCGUCAAUCUCAGCGAGCAAAUAAAUGAGCAUUUCGGUCUUCCUCUUGAGAAAAGUGAUGAUGUCCGCUGCAGUGAUUGGACUCGGGCUUUGAGUUAUCGUCAGGUUCAAUAUGCUGCUACGGACCCGUAUGCUUGUGUUCGUCUGUUUCAUACCAUGGACGCGAAAAGACAAGCCAUGAACCCAAUGCCGCCUCGUCCUGCGUUCGCUGAACUCAACCAGCCCAUUGUUCUUCCGCUUGGAGAAGCAGUCAACAGUGAGGAGGACCCAGUGGUCUGA